CAUGAAUCGUAUACCUGUGACGGCUAUAUUUUGCAGGACAAGGGACCUAAACGUACUUCUGAACCCGGCAUCGGUCUUAUCAGCGAGGUCAUAUUCAAAGCGUGCUCAUCUAGCAAAAAUGGCAUCACAGGAAACCCAGGGAAAAGAAAAGCAGAAAGGCGGGUCAAAGCUAAGAGGAAGGGAGAAAGACACACCUGAAGUACGAAUCUCGAAAAGCCUUUCGUGGCUUCUUCGUCACGGAGCACAGUCAGAUGGCCUUGUUCUUCGCUCAGACGGCUAUGCUCGCGUCGCAGACGUGCUCGCUAACCCAAGGUUCAGAGGAGUAACAUAUCCAAUGCUCGAGGACAUUGUAAGGCAGGACAGAAAACAACGCUACAAUCUUCUUUGUGAAGCUGGAUCUCUAGAAGCCUCGUCUGGAUCAGACGUAUGGUGGAUCAGGGCCAAUCAAGGACAUUCGAUCAAAACCAUCGAAAUUGAGCUAAACCCUAUCGCUUCUGCAACGGACAUUCCAAUGGCGGUUCAUGGUACUAAUCGUAAAGCAUGGGAACUAAUAUCUACGCAAGGUUUAUCCAAGAUGAAACGAAACCACAUACAUCUCGCGCAAGGUAUAGCAGGUGAUAGCGUUGUCAGUGGUAUGCGCAAGUCCUCUCAAAUUCUUAUCUAUAUCGAUGUUCAAAAGGCCAUUGACGCUGGGAUCAAAUUCUCUCUAUCUUCAAAUGGUGUUGUGCUUACAGAAGGUGACGAAACUGGCUUCCUCGCGCCACGAUUCUUUCAGAGAGUAGAAAAUGCCGACGGAACACAUGUAUCUGGAUGGGAGAGUCAGGCUCUUUCUGUCCCUCCUACAUCCACGGAGCCUAUAGGGGGGCAGUCUGCGGACAAGGGCGCGGCAACGGUCCUUUCCGCCCUGGACCUAACUACUGGGAUGAAGGGCCUCGCAGUUGACGAGGGAGGCUCGUCUCUACUCGCAGAAAGUGCGGAGCAAGCUGGUACAGUCGUCAGAGGGCAGUCGCUGGUAGAAAUUGAAUCAUAGCAUAUAUAUAAUGUAAUAUUAUCCAAUAUCAACCAUAACAUU